AUGACUUCUCAUCCAUUGCAGUUAAUUGAGCAGCUAGGAAGAUUAAGAAAUUCUCAAAACAACGAGAAUAAAACGAAUCCCUCCAUAGCAAAGCAAGCACAAAAUGACUUUGGCCUAAAUGAAUUGAUGAAAAGCUUGUCGAAUGAAAAAAAUCCAGAGAAAAAUAACAAAUAUCUUGAAAUACCAAAUCCCAAAGAAAACAAUAAAAUUUGGCAAGAAUUAAUAAAAUCAACUGGCUUGAAAUCAGAAUCACAACCUAAGGAUUUCAUUUCUCCAAAUAAAGAAACUCUAGCUUAUUCUAAAGCAGAUGAAGCAAGGUCUAUGACCCCUACACCUAUGAAAUAUGACCAAACGCCACCAAAGUUGCCAGAAAGGUCUAUUAAAUCAAAAAGCAAAUCCCCAAUAAGAACUAUCGAUUUUGUCCCUUCUAUUUCUGAAAAAUCUAAAAUCCUAGCAAGUAGGCAUGGAAAAACUCAAGAAAGGCUGCUAAAUCAUACUAUAAAAACCAUUACAAUAAGGCCAAAUAAUGCAAGUCCAUGCCAGUUCAAGCCUAAGCUUAACCCAAACUCUGUUAAAAUGGACAAGGCGAUCCAUAAAUCUAAACACGAAAGAUGGGAAACCUUGUACAAGCUCGAUUCCCAAAAGAAAGAAAAAUGAGAAAAAAUAAGAAAAAAUGCUCAGGAUAUUGCUGAUGCUAUUGAAGAGAAAGAGUGCACAUUUGCUCCAAGUAUUAGCUGCUCUUCAAUAAAAACCCCAAAAACUAAAAAAACAUGGGAUAGGCUGCAUAAUUGACAAAAAUUCAAAGAUCAAAAAUUAGAAAAAAUAAGGGAAGAAAAGAAAGACAAAGAACUACUUGGGUGCACGUUUACACCAAAAAUAAGGGAUCUUUCACCUUCUUAUGAAGAUGACACAUUAUCAAGAAUAAAAGGAAUAGGGAGAUAUUUCGAGCGACAAGCUCAAUCCAAGGCAUCAAAAGUUGGAGUUUCAUUUGACUCAGGGAACUAUGAAUCUACCUUUUAUACUCACAGAGAUUUGUCUCCGAGCGAAUACACUCAAGCUAUAGGAACCCUCCGUGGCGAGCUUCGCUCUAUUCUGAUGUAA